AGGUAAUUCUUGCUGAUGAUGUUGCGAUUCAUAAAUAUCCUAACAUUGAUGAAUUUGCUUUAGGUGAACAAAUCCUAGUUCGUUCAUUUUGUGAAGUUAGAUUGCACAAAAGAAAAAAAUUUGCUGAAGUUGAAGCCGAGAAUACCAAAGUCAAAGUUGAAAAUAUGAAAUUAAAACAAAUUUUGAAAGAACAUGAAAUCAGAUUCACAAAACUGGAAUAUGAUGUUUCACUAAUCAAGAAAGAAGUAGCUAUUUCCCCUGAAAUUAAUUCUGAUAAUACUCCCACAGAAUUUAUUUCGCCACUUAUUGAAAGUCAGUCUGAGGAGAAGAAAGUUAUUAUUCCCGAUCCCAUGCCUGAAUAUAACUCGAUCCAGGUCCAAAGGAGCGAAUCUAAAUCUCUAUCAGAGCCUGGAAUAUUCACAACCUCUUUAUCACAGGGCCAAGACAUUAUCAAUGACAAUACAGCUGAGACCCUUGAUUUUGUAGAAACGAUAAAUACCACCAUCGAAAUUACCCAAUUAGAACCAAGCCCUAUCGAUCAAGUGCAAAGUAACAUUACUUCUGAAAUAAAAAUUCCAUAUAAUCAAAAAGUAGAACAGGGUCUAAUGGGUGAAUUAUCUGGUUGCAGUAAGGAGAAUAUCGCUAUACAAGAUGUGGAUAUACAAAUUCCUAAUCUUCCUCUAGAGACAAUAUUAAUAGGAUCCGAUGAAGUUACUGCUGAGAUUAUAGUAGACUUGACCACUAACAUAAAUGAUACAAUCAAUUGCCAAGAAGUGAUCAGCAUUCUGAAAAAGAACGCGCACGUAACUGAAUCAUCCAGCUCAAACGAUUUAUCAAGCAUUAAGAUAAGUGAGGAAGCCAAGAUAAGCAUAUUACCUAUAUCUCAAACUGAAAAGAAAGCUUUCAAGUCUAUAAAUCCCGUUUCACCAAAAAUCCAGGUAAAUACAUCUAACAAAUCCCGAUCUUCAAUUUCUGUCUUACCCGAUGACCCAAAAGAGAAACAAAAACAUGUUAUCAAAAUGGCAUUGGAAUGGUUUCCCGUUUUAUCUUUGAAAUAUA